AUGAUAUGUUUUUCUGAAAAAAAACGAUUACAAUAUUGCAAAUUAUUAUCACCAUGCAUUUAUGGUUUAUUAUUAGGUGCACUUGUUGGUGGUAUAGCAUUGGCAACCGUCAUCACGCUUUGGUCUACGUCUGCACCACAGACCACAACCACCUCAACAACUGCAACAACAGCUACGACAACAACAACAACAUCAACAACCUCAACAACCUCAACAACAACUUCGACUACAACAACAACAACGACAACAACGACAUCUACGACAACUACAGCAACCACUUCGACGUCAGCUACAACUUCAACAACCACUUCAAUACAAAUGCCUGGAUGGGCGCUUACUCAAAGUACCAGUUAUGACCGAUAUUAUCACACAAUGUCUCUCUUGACCAAUGGACAAGUUUUGCUUGUCGGUGGAUAUUCUACAUCUCUUGGUGCCUUAAGUAUUGUUGAGUUGUACGAUCCAGCAACAUGGUUAUGGACGAUCACUGGGAGUAUGAGUUCUACUCGAUAUGUUCACUCAGCAUCUGUAUUAACAAAUGGAAAAGUAUUAGUUGCAGGUGGAUAUUCUACCUCUGGUAGUCAUUUAAAUAGUGCUGAGUUGUAUGAUCUAUCGACAGGAAUGUGGACAAUCACUGGGAGCAUGACUUAUGCUAGGUAUCUUCAUGUAGCAUCAGUAUUAACAAACGGAAAAGUUUUAGUCGCUGGUGGAUAUGCAAAUGGAGUUUAUUUAAAUACGGCUGAGUUGUAUGAUCCUUCAACAAGCGUGUGGACACUUACGGGAAGUAUGAGUGAUACCAGAUAUUUUGCUACAGCAUCUAUGUUAGCCAGUGGAAAAGUAUUAGUCGCAGGUGGUUAUUCUGGUACUAGCACUUAUUUAAAUACUGCUGAAUUGUAUAAUCCGUCAACAGGCGUGUGGACACUUACGAGUAGUAUGAGUUAUGUUCGAUAUAUUCACACAGCAUCUAUCUUAGCAAAUGGAAAAGUUUUAGUCGCUGGCGGAUAUAAUGGAGCUGAUAUGAAUACUGCUGAGUUGUAUGAUCCAUCGACAGGAAUAUGGACAAUUACUGGGAGUAUGAAUUAUGGUCGAUAUUAUCACACAGCAUCCGUAUUAACAAAUGGUAAAGUAUUGGUUGCUGGUGGAUAUUCAUCCUCUUUAGGUACCAUAAAUACCGCUGAGUUGUAUGAUUCAUCGACAGGACUGUGGACAAUCACUUCUAGUUUGAGUUAUGGCCGACAUGCUCAUGCAGCAUGCGUAUUAAUGAAUGGAAAAGUAUUAGCUACUGGUGGAGUCGGAAUUAGCUCUUCGGAACUGUAUCAACUAUAA